AGACUAGAAUAUUUGUUAGAAUAUUCUUGUAAUUAAAUCUGUAUCUCUUCCAUUCAUAGAAUAGUCAAUACCUUCCUAAACUAUUUUAAGCAAUUCAUUGAUGUAUAGUUAAUAGGCUUCUAUGUUGGUCACACAUGAUCAUUGUAUUUAUAUUGAUACAGAUUAAUGGAAAAGACACGGGAAAACAAUUCCUUUCAUGGUAUCAAGAGACCUAGGUUACAGAAUUUAGCCUCUCAACCUUCUGUUACACGAUUUUCUUUCUGUUUCUUUUUCUCCAUCCACUAUCAUGUCAAUCCCAACCCCUGACCCCACUAUGUCAACCCCAAACCAUGCUGCUAUUCCUACAUCGCAGCCCUCUUCUUCACCAAAGAACCCCUUCCAUCCGGCUCUCGCCGUAACCAACAUCAAGAACCACAUCCCCAUUGUUCUUGAGAUGGAAAACGUUCAAUUUGGUACUUGGGUUGAACUUUUCAAAAUUCAUGCUCGCUCUCAUAAGGUCCUUCAUCACAUCAUUCCUCCCGCACCAGGCAAGGAAACGAAGACACCUGAAACUGAUGAUGAGCAAGAGCUGUGGGCAACUCUUGAUGCAACAGUUCUACAGUGGAUUUAUUCCACUAUCUCCAGCGAUCUGUUGGCUACCAUCAUUGAACCAGACUCCACUGCCAUGGAGGCCUGGAAUCGAUUGACCAACAUCUUCCAGGACAAUCAAAACGCUCGCGCAGUCACUCUCGAGCAGGAGUUUUCCUCCGUUCGCAUGGAAGAUUUUCCCACUGCUUCCGCCUACUGUCAGCGACUCAAAACGCUGUCUGACCAAUUGAAGAAUGUUGGAGCCCCUGUCUCCAAACAGCGACUCGUUCUCCAACUUGUCUCCGGACUCACCGAUGCAUACAAAGGGGUCGGUACACUUAUUCGGCAAAGCAAAACUCUUCCAGAAUUUUAUCAGGCCCGCUCUAUGCUUAUCCUUGAGGAAGCCGGUCUAAUUAAGAUGGCGGCUACCGGCGCACAGGCUGCGAUGGUUGCGACACAACCAAAGGACCUUGUUGAACCAUCCUCCUACAAUGAUAACCGCGGCGGUAAGAAGAAUAACAGCCGGAAUUCUGCUCAUAAAAACCGCAGCAAUUACGGUAGAAACGGCGGACGUGGUCAACGUGGCGGCGGACGUGGCGGUGGUCAACCGUCCCAACAAGCCAACACCUCACCAUGGCAGUCUCCUCCCGCUCCCUGGCAGCAGUAUCAAUGGGGUUGGAUGUCACCACCAUGGGCACUUCCUCCUUGCCCAUAUCCUUCUUCUCAAUGGACUCGCCCAAGUGGUCCUCCAAAGCAACCAGGGCUAUUAGGUCCACGUCCGCAAGCCUAUGCAGCCAGCACUCCUUCUCUAGCACCCACGGAUAUUGAAGCUGCCUUGCACACCAUGUCCCUCAAUUCUCCCGAUGGCCAAUGGUAUAUGGAUACUGGAGCAACCUCUCAUAUGACGGCAUCACAAGACGGGGAUGCCACUAAUGAGGUGUGAUAGUAUUGGGGAUCUUUAUCCCAUCACGAAUAAUUAUGCAGUUUCCCUUCCAUCUACUUUUGCAGCUCUUACGUCCAGUUUAUGGCACCAUCG